UCCGCCGAAGGAAGAAUGUGACGUCACCUACUGUAGGCAAAACAAAGCGUCCUGUGGCGUCUUGUUGUUCAACUCAAGACGACGAAGACGUACAGUCAGAGACUUUAAGGCAUUAAAAAAAAAAAAAAACCAAAAAAAAACUUUUUUAUUAUUAUUUGUAUGCUGACUGUUGACUAGCUAAGGCUUUCUUGUUGAGUGUAGCUUGGCGAGCGGCUAGUCAGCCAGCCGAAUUGCGACAUGUCCAAGCAGAGAGGAGUCAACAGCCUGCAGUUCAACCAGGACCACAGUUGUUUCUGCUGCUCCAUGGAGUCGGGCGUCAGGAUCUACAACGUGGAACCACUCAUGGAGAAAGGACAUCUGGAUCGCGAGCAGGUGGGUGGCGUGGCGUUGUGCUCCAUGCUGCAUCGCUCCAACCUGUUGGCCUUGGUCGGGGGUGGCGUCAACCCCAAGUUCUCAGACAUAUCAGUGCUGAUCUGGGACGAUGCGCGGGAGUGUCGGGAGGCCAAAGACAAGCUUGUGCUGGAGUUCACCUUUACUAAGCCGGUGCUGGCCGUCCGCAUGCGACACGACAAGAUCGUCAUCGUGUUGAAGAACAGGAUCUACGUGUACACAUUUCCCGACAAACCGCAGAAGCUGUUUGAGUUCGAUACGAGAGACAACCCUAAAGGUCUGUGCGACUUAUGUCCUGGCGCAGACAAACAGCUGCUGCUCUUCCCUGGACACAAGUGCGGAAGUCUGCAGCUGGCGGAUCUUUCCAACACCAAACCGGGAACGUCGUCGGCGCCGUUCACCAUCAACGCGCACCAGAGUGAGAUCGCCUGCGUGGCGCUCAACCAACCGGGCAGUGUGGCCGCUUCUGCCUCACGCAAGGGGACGCUCAUCCGACUCUUUGACACUAGCAGCCGCGACAAACUGGUGGAGCUUCGGCGAGGCACAGACCCAGCCACGCUCUACUGCAUCAACUUCAGUCACGAUUCCUCGUUCUUGUGCGCAUCAAGCGACAAAGGGACGGUCCACAUCUUUGCCCUGAAAGACACAAAACUCAACCGGCGCUCAGCGUUGGCACGCGUGGGCAAGGUGGGCCCCGUGAUCGGUCAGUAUGUGGACAGCCAGUGGUCGCUGGCCAGUUUCACCGUGCCCGCCGAGUGCGCUUGCAUUUGCGCCUUUGGGAAGAACACAUCCAAGAACGUCAACUCCGUCAUCGCCAUCUGCGUGGACGGCACCUUCCACAAGUACGUCUUCACGCCCGACGGCAACUGCAACCGAGAGGCCUUCGACGUCUACUUGGACAUUUGCGACGAUGACGACUUCUGAGUCCCGCCUUUCCCGCCAGCUUGACGUGUUGUUUCCAUCUAAGCGCCCACCCCCCAAUGGUCAGCCGCAAGGCCGGCCCAGGCCAUUUGGGGGCUCUAAGCAAAAUAAUGCAAAGGGGCCCAUAUUUUUGGCCCACCAUUUCGUCACAGUGUACUGUGAAACCCAUACAUGCAAUCCAACCCAUACGUCCAUAUUUUGUAUAUUAAUCAGAUUUUGUUGCACUGCAUAUUUUGAAUUUCUCACCCUAAAUGAUUGUCAGUACUUACCGUAGAUAGUGUGAAACCUUUUUCUAAAAGAGGAAAGAAAGAAGUUAAGGAAGAACUUUUAUUUUUUUUAAGCUUCUAAUCAAGUAUCAAAACUCACAAAAGUCAAAUAAAGCAAACUGUAGUAACCAAAAUAGAAUAUAAAUUGAACAAUUGCCAGAUUAGGGGCCCCCUAGUGGCCAGGGGCCCUAAGCCGCUGCAUAGUCUGCGUAUAGGCUGGGCCGGCCCUGGUCAGCCGUGAACAAAAUAGCUGGCGCUUGACAAAUAACACCGGGCCCUUUUGAUUUCACGCAAAGAAAACAAAACACUCACAACGUCCAAUGAUUAGACUACGCGAGUGGAGACGGAGAAAGAAUAAUGACGUAACAGGGCCCGACAAUGGAUUUGAUUUAAUGGUUGCCUAUCUGAAAAUUUUGCAACCUGCACCCCCCCCCGGUCACGGGAAACUUUGGCGAGCAAGCGCUAUGUUGGUGCCGUUCUGUCCAUGCUCCAGAUGUUGGUGCAAACAUACGUUUGCAUGUAAGAAAGCUAUUCGUUUUUUUCCAAGUUGGCUCUUUCUGCAUACAAAUUCCUCUUUUGAAAGUCAUUUAACAGCAGAUCCCUGUUCUGACAAAGUGGCCAAAAAUUAAACAUUAUUGUUUAGUAUUAUCAGUGCUCACUUUUUUUUUUUAAAUUUAAAUUUCUUUGUCAUUCAUUCAUUCAUUUUCCAUGCCUAAAUUGCCUCUCUUAACAGUCACCAGGGUGGUUAUGAUUACCGUUGCCUUGAUGUAGGAGUUGACCUUUCUCUGAUUGCAAGCCAAAAUCUGGGUGCCAUGCAUUUCAUCUGUUUCCAAGCCCCCCAAAGUGUUAAAAAAAAAAAAAAAACCUUGCGUUUUACAAAAACAUUAUUUCAAAGAAAGUAUCAAAAGACUAGUAAAGGCCUGUGUCAUAUGUGGCUUUCAGCGCCACCGGGAGCAAACGACAGCGUGAGGGAUGGCCUACUGUAGCUCCUUGCCCUGGCAGUCUUAUUUUGCCGCACGCAAGUUGCACGAAAUGUCGCUAGACCGUUCGUAUGAAAGGCCUGAGCGAAGGUAUCGCCGCAUCACAGACUGAUCGCCAAUCAAAGAUACUGCCACGGUGUCCGAUCCGCUUUUAAAAAUGGGUGGGAUCCUCUCCUUCUGGUUCCUCUGUGGGAAACAUCUGCAGGGUCUCCAGCACCAGGCCCAGGUGCUCCAGGAAGGAGUUGACGGAAACGCGUAGGGCGCGAGCUUCGUCGGCGUUCCAUCUCCUGAAAGAAAAUCGGCAGAGAUCAUCGGCGGGCAGGGGGACGGAGAAGGCGGCGGGCGAGGUUUCUCACGCUGUCAAAACGCUCCCGUGGAGCACGAGACACUUGUGCACACUGUUUCGUCGCGGCUCGCGGUCGGCACCAAGUGACCGCAGGGCCACGGUGGCCUCUCGCGCUGACGGAAAGGGCACAUUCAAGGAGCUCAUCGCCGACUUGCGUCAAGGAAACUUCUUGGAACGCGACCAAUUUCCGUGUGUCAUGUUGGGCCUGAUUUUGUGGUCCAAAAAGUUUUUUUUUUUUCACCCCAAUGAACAUGGAUAAGAACCUAUUGCUAAAAGCAGGAACCUAAUUUGAAAGCAUUGAUUUAACAUAGUACAGGACCAGUUGUUUUGCUUUGAACAGUUUUGAUUUCCAUCCGUCCGUUCAGUUGCACGUCAAUCCAGAGUGUAACUGUGCUAACUCUCACGGAAUAUUGAAUUGAAAUCUAUUUGCCCACGUUGUGUCGAUUUGGACUCCACGUUCGUUAUUGACGUCAGUCAAGAAAUUUCCGUGUUUUCCUGCAUUCGUCAUUGCUUACAUGUGUUACUGGUCCAUAGUUACUAGAAAAUAAAUACAAUUUAUAAAUAAGACUCACUUGUAGCCAUGAGUGUCGCCAGACAUUUUACUGGGGCACGUACCCCAGUAUAAAUGUUGCCAGAAAAAAAAAAACUUUUAAGUCGACAUAGCAUAACCUACAGAAUGAACCUAUUUAAUAUGGUCAUAUUACUCUAUUCACUCCAUAAACACAAUCUGCACGAUUUAUGCAUUGAACUUUGGCUGUGACAGGCAUAUGAGUUGACACUUCCGCAAAGCACCUUCGGGAGUUAAGCUGCGUUCAAGUGUGUCGGGAAGUUUGAGUUGGAAAAUCGUUCUGAUGUGUUGUUAAGUCGUCAUGUGGGAUAAAAACAUGAUUACUACAAAGAAGAGUAGCCUAUUUUAAUGCUCCAACGAUACAUCCCAAGGUGAGAGACUGGCGCUUUUUAUAGACACUAUGUAAUAGAAUAUUUUUUCGAUUACUCCAAUAACACGUGAAUGUAACAUCAAUAUUACAGUGCAAAUGACAUCUUCCCACCUGCUUUACAGGGUAGUACCAGAUAAACUGCCCAUCAUCUUGUUUUUACCUGUGUGAUGUUUGUUUGGUCGCCUAUUUCCAUUAAUAGUAAACUACCCCGGUCGCAAAUUGAAGCAGAUUUGCCGCAGUCGUUUAGCUAACUGGCUAUGAAUACAAUAACAAUCCAAUUCGAUUUGGUGAGAGGCUCUCAAAAGCUUUGUCUAAUAUUGUGUUAAUACGAUAUGUGGUACUUUAACUGUAUCAAUAUUGAUGCUAUUUAUUGAUAUUUGUAAAUAUGACCAAAAUGAAUACAAUCAAUCUGCAUGAAUUAAUUGCCCAUGUUUGGGAUAUAACCUCUAACCAUUUUGUAUGUGUGCUCAUCAUCAUUUCCAGCUUUUUUACAAGCAUUUUGUUACUACAGUCCCUGUAAUCUGUAACAAGAUGUAUUAUUUUUUAAUUUCUAUUUGACUCAAACAGCAUUACUUUUGCAAAUGGAUAUUAAUAGUUAUUUGCUCGCAGCAAGGAGGAAUGAGAGGUAAGCUAGGUAACCCACCUAGGAAACAUAAUUGUAUAACAGUUGUAGUGCUAGAUCUCCCUUUCUGUCCAGACAAUGUUGAGCAACAGAGGUGAAGGAGAGAUGGAAGUUGAGGAGCAUGAGCACAGGUGACUUGACUAUCAACAAGGGAUGUCCCAAUUUUGACU